AUGUAUGUUUAUAAGAGAGAUGGCCGUAAAGAGCCAGUACGUUUUGACAAAAUCACCGCUAGAGUUCAAAGAUUAUGUUACGGUUUAAAUCCAAAUCACGUUGAACCAGUUGCUAUUACCCAAAAAGUUAUAUCAGGUGUUUACCAGGGGGUUACUACUAUCGAGUUGGAUAACUUGGCUGCAGAAAUUGCUGCUACAAUGACAACAAUUCAUCCUGAUUAUGCUGUGUUAGCCGCUAGAAUUGCCGUAUCAAAUUUACACAAGCAAACCACCAAACAGUAUUCCAAAGUAUCUAAGGAUUUAUAUGAGUAUAUUAAUCCUAAGACUGGGUUGCACUCUCCUAUGAUUUCCAAGGAAACCUAUGACAUUAUUAUGGAACACGAAGAUGAAUUAAACUCGGCCAUUGUUUACGACAGAGAUUUUAGCUACAAUUAUUUUGGGUUCAAAACUUUGGAAAGAUCUUAUUUGUUACGUAUCAACGGUAAGGUUGCCGAAAGACCCCAACAUUUGAUCAUGAGAGUCGCUGUUGGUAUCCACGGUAAUGAUAUACCAAGAGUCAUUGAAACCUAUAACUUGAUGUCUCAAAGAUUCUUUACCCAUGGUUCUCCUUGCUUGUUCAAUGCUGGUACACCAAGACCCCAAAUGUCUUCAUGCUUCUUGCUUGCUAUGAAGGAUGAUUCUAUUGAAGGUAUAUAUGAUACUUUAAAAUCGUGUGCUUUGAUUUCAAAAAGUGCAGGAGGGAUUGGUUUACAUAUCCACAACAUUCGUUCUACUGGUGCUUACAUUGCUGGUACCAAUGGUACUUCUAAUGGUAUUAUUCCAAUGGUAAGAGUGUUCAAUAACACUGCACGUUAUGUUGAUCAAGGUGGUAACAAAAGACCUGGUGCCUUUGCCUUGUACUUAGAACCAUGGCACAGUGACAUCUUUGAUUUCAUUGACAUCAGAAAGAAUCAUGGUAAAGAAGAAAUCAGAGCCAGAGAUUUGUUCCCAGCUUUAUGGAUUCCAGACUUGUUCAUGAAAAGAGUCGAACAAAACGGUGAUUGGACUUUGUUCUCACCAAAUGAGGCCCCAGGUUUGGCUGAUGUUUACGGUGACGAAUUCGAAGAAUUAUAUACCAGAUACGAAAAAGAAAACCGUGGCAGACAGACCAUCAAGGCCCAAAAAUUGUGGUACGCUAUCUUGGGAGCUCAAACAGAAACGGGUACUCCAUUUAUGUUGUACAAAGAUUCAUGUAACAACAAAUCCAACCAAAAGAACUUGGGUAUUAUUAAAUCUUCCAACUUAUGUUGUGAAAUUGUUGAAUAUUCUGCUCCAGAUGAAGUCGCCGUUUGUAACUUGGCCUCCAUUGCUUUACCAUCAUUUGUUGAAAGCGAUCAAAGUAAUACUUGGUACAACUUUGAUAAGUUACAUGAUGUCACCAAGGUAGUCACCCGUAACUUGAACAGAGUUAUUGACCGCAACCAUUACCCAGUUCCAGAAGCCGAAAGAUCAAAUAUGAGACACAGACCAAUUGCUUUGGGUGUUCAAGGUUUGGCUGAUGCCUUUAUGGAAUUGAGAUUACCAUUUGACUCCCAAGAAGCCAGAGAAUUAAACAUUCAAAUUUUCGAGACUAUUUACCAUGCUGCUGUUGAAGCUUCUGUUGAAUUGGCUAAAGAAGAAGGUGCCUACGAAACUUAUCCAGGCUCCCCUGCCUCUCAAGGUUUAUUACAGUUUGAUUUAUGGAACAGAAAACCAACUGAAUUAUGGGAUUGGGAUACAUUAAAACAAAAUUUGGCUAAGCAUGGUAUGAGAAACUCCUUAUUAGUUGCUCCAAUGCCUACUGCUUCUACAUCACAAAUUUUGGGUAACAAUGAGUGUUUCGAACCAUACACUUCUAACAUUUACUCCAGAAGAGUGUUAGCAGGAGAAUUUCAAAUUGUCAAUCCAUAUUUGUUGAAGGAUUUGGUUGAUUUGGGUGUCUGGAAUGAUGCUAUGAAAAGUAGUAUUAUUGCUAACAACGGUUCUAUUCAAGCUUUGCCAAACAUUCCUGAUGAAAUUAAGGCAUUGUACAAGACUGUCUGGGAAAUCUCACAAAAGCAUAUUAUCGACAUGGCUGCUGAUAGAGCUGCAUUUAUUGAUCAAUCUCAAUCAUUAAACAUUCACAUCAAAGACCCAACAAUGGGUAAGUUGACCAGUAUGCAUUUCUAUGGUUGGAAGAAAGGUUUGAAGACUGGUAUGUAUUACUUGAGAACACAAGCUGCCAGUGCUGCUAUUCAAUUUACCAUUGAUCAAAAGAUUGUUGAAACUGCAGGUCAUACAGUUGCAAACUUGGACAAAUUGAAUAUUAAAAAAUAUGUUAAUAAAGGAAGAGUUGAUGCUGAGAAUACCAGCGAUACUCCAUACAAGUCGCCAUCAACCGAACCAACCUCGUUAGAAAGCUCAGUUGCUGACUUGAAAAUAAAAGAUGAAGGUGAAAAACCAGCUGAAGACAAGUCCAUUGAAGAAAUUGAAAAUGACAUUUACAGUGCUAAAGUUAUUGCAUGUGCUAUUGAUAACCCAGAGUCUUGUACUAUGUGUUCUGGUUAA